AUGGUGUCGAGCCCAUUUCGCAGCUCACAGGCUUCGUCCAACGAAGCGGGCCCGAGCACCUCACCCAUGGUGGCAAUCAAGCGCGCAAAGUCACCGUCCACAAAGACCAAAGGUCCGUGGCCACUCGACACCUUCUGGUCCAGCUCCAACAAGAAGGGCUCGCCAAUCAAACCUCAUGCGCCUCUUCCUUCCGUGCUCGGUAGCUCCUACGAUAGCUCCAAUGGUGUCGACUCAGAGGAUCACGCUUUCGACUUUCAAGACCUCCCCUUGACUCCUCCUGACUCGGGCGCUUCUGGUUUCCAGCUUGGCGCGACGACUACCAAUCCGCAGCCAACAUGCAGCAGCCAACGUGCAGCAAUUUUGGUCGCGAAUGCAACACUUCCUCCUGUUCUGUUGACCGAAGACCAGAUCAAGACGUCUCCGAGAAGAAGCAGCAAGAAUGACAUCUUCAACUCACCCAUCACCUGGGUGACACCUCCUUCUCGUUUCAAUCAGCCACCGCCAGAGACCACACCCAUCUCGCCUCCACCGCCAUCCCGCAACUCGCUCUUCUUCUCGUCUUCGGGUACCGCCUCGCCCGUUCCGCCAUCGCCUCCGCCGCCUCGCUUCUCGUCGACUCGCUCAAAGGUUGACAGACCACCAACCACGACUGUCGCCGACCCUUCAGCCAGUACUGCACCGAUACUCGCGUCGACAUCAGCAUUGCAGCAGACACAACAGACCGCAGGUCGUAAGAAGGGUCACACGCGCAAUUCGUCACUCGGUCGAGCCAGCUCAGAGGAGUGUUUGCAGGAGGAAGCAAGGAUACGUGCAACGAAGCACGUCGACUUCCGUCUUUGCCCCACCAACGAAUUCCUCCUCGGCGAAGGGCGGCACUGCUCCGUCUAUCUGGGCAGCUAUCGUUCCCGCAAGGAUGUCUCCGCGGACUCAGCGUCAUCGGCAGAGUGGCAGCUUUGCGCCAUCAAGCGGCUGCAUGCUGACCGUCAGAGCCAGCUGCUCGGUCUCGAGGAAGCCUUUGCGCUGCGUCGUCUCGGCAAGCAUCCCAACAUCAUUCAGCUCGUCGACAUCCGCGACGAAGUCGAUCUCUUGCCGUCCCCACAGCCAACGUCUCAAACCCUGCCGGAUCUACAACAGGCAACCAUAGAGGCAGGGUCUACGGGACCGGUACUUGGUCUCGGUUUGCCAAGGAUCGCUUCGGGUGCAUCCAGUCCAAAUGGCUUUGCAAGUCAUUUGAGAUCGACCAGCCACAUGACAGGCAGGGACGAACUGAUGCACGAAGCGCGAACUCGGAAGCUAGCUCUUGCCGAAGACAAGCGCAAUGAAGCCGCGCUCGCCCGCGGCCUUCUCAAUGAAGUAGAUCAUAUCGCAUCGUCCGGUCAAGCACCACGCACCAGAGUCAGCACGGUGGAAAUACCACGCUCGACCAAACUGCCGACUCCGACUUUCCUGGUGCAAGGCCCAGAUGGCGACGCACUCACGACCGUGCGGUCAAGCGACGAUACUGCAAUCGCGGCUCCUGGUCGAAAGCCCUCGACUAGCACAAUGGACCCGCCUCGGCUCCUCAUCCUCCUCGAGCUGCUGCCAAACAACCUCGCUUUGUUCGCGCGAAAGCACCGCGAACACAUCGACCUGCACCAAUGGUUCGACUGGGCUCUGCAGAUGGCUGACGCGCUCGUCUUCCUCCACGAAAAGGGUUGCGUACACGCCGACAUCAAGAAGGAGAACAUGCUCCUCACCGAGGACCUCAACAUCAAGCUGUGCGAUUUCAACUCGGCCGUCUUCCCCAACCCCAGCGAUCCUCCGCGCGACGGCCUUGGUCUGGGCACACCGGCGUACUGCGCGCCCGAGCUAAGCCGUGCCACUGGCGGCCCGACUGCGACGACAUUUUCCUACCCCAUCGACAUCUUCUCCCUCGGUGCGGUGCUCUACUCGCUCGCUACGGGCUACGAGCCGUUCAGCAAGGCGCGCAGCGUUGUUGAGAUGCUCCACCGCAAACGGCUCUUCUUCGAGAGCGAGGAGAACGACCGAGCGUCCCGACUGGCGGUGGAAGCGGGGAGCAAUCCCAACAGUGCCCCUGCGAGUCGGAGGAGCAGUCUGCGCGGUCGACACUCGACUUCGAACGAAGCAGCGUCAUCGGCGCAGCUCGUCUCGUCGCUCAAUCGGUUGCUGCAUCAACCCACAUCGCCAACGCACAUGCGCCGUCAAACGAGCAGCGACAGCAUCGACAGCGUCGCCUCGAGCAUCACGAGCAUCACCACCAUCUCCGGGCGGAACGCGACGAGUCUAGCGGUAGCACGACUGUUGGAGCCGAGCGAUGAGCCGCGGGGGUUGUUGGAGGACCCGAAUCUGCCGCGGCGGUCGUCGCUGUUGCGGGAUGCGGGCGGGUCGGAUGUGCGAAGGUGUGCUUCUACUGGAGGGAAGAAAGCGAUGGCAGCGGGCAUGGUGGGGAUGCAGCGGUCGCAAGCUGCGGGCGAAACCAGCAGUCCAUCCACCGCCGUCCCCACGCCCCCGUCGGCGAUCACCAGGUUUGCUGCGCUCGAAUCCACCUCUCGUCCGGACUGGCUGCGUCGCCGCUCGUCGUACGGGGACGAGCUCAAAUCCGCCCCCACAUCCACAGCGACGCUCCUCGCCCCCGCAGCGCCCAUCGUCGAGCACAGCACGGCGUCCAACCCCAGCCGACUGCGCUCCAUGUUUGCGCCCGUCUCGCCAGCCACUCCGUCGCCCACCUCGCCGCAACCCUCACACCCGUACGAGGCGCAGUUCCACGAGGUGGACGACGCACGGGCAUACGAUGACGGCCAUCCCGCCAUCGUUCUCCCCGGUGGCGGCCGGUUGCCCGACUGGACGCGUGAGCUGCUCCGCCUCAUGCUUCAGGCGGACCCAGCGGCCAGACCCACCGCCGUCCAGGUGCGAGAGCGACUACGCGCACAUGCGACCCAGAUUUAG